CUCUCUCUGGAGUUUGUUGGUUGCUUGCAGCGCUGUCUCAGUCUCUAGCCCGGCUCUCCUGACAGACAGAGGCAGCGCUCCUCUCUCCUCUGCCCACCUAUCUGUCUGUCCGCCUCACCGUCCGUCCGUCCUUCUGUCUGUCUGUCUGCCUCGCUCUUUUCUGUGUCCGUCUGUCGUCCUCACAGAGGUGAGCGGUGAUGAUGGAGGCUGCAGCGGACCGGAGCUUUUACCGCCACAGGAGACACACAAACUCACGGGCCGAAUAAAGGCGUCAAAAGGGCCAAACACCGGUUUUCUACGCGGAAAAAAAGACCCGCCGCCGCCGCCGCUGAUCACAGUGACGCUUGCUGCUCCUGUCUUCCUCCUCCUCCUCUUCCUCCUCCUCUUCCUCCUCCGUCUUCAAAAACAGAUGCUGUGCUCGGGGAAGUUAAAACACGGAUAAAUCCUCCAAGUCGUCUCCUCCAAAUUUCCCAGAAGCGCCACAUACCCGAAGGAUUUCUUCCUCUCUGCAUCUGCUCUUCUCUGACCUCGACAACUAGCUCUUCCAAUAAGGAAACCUCCCCCUACUCAGAUCGAGGCUUCUGAGAAAUGAACUGCCAAUGAAUAAUCUUCAGAGUCAUCUGUCAUCUCUACUUGGCCUGGAGGUCUUCUAGAGGGUUUGGACCUCCUCGCCACCAUGAAAGGCUUGGGGACGAACCGUAACAGACAUCUGUCUGAUUCCUGUGACCCUUCACAGGCCAUUCAGAGGCCCUCUACCCUCAAGAAGACCAGCACGCUGCCACGCAGCCCUUACUGCUGAAGCCCAACAAUGGACCACUAUGGCACCAUGGACCCUCAUCUUUACCCCUCAGCUGCUCCAGGUUCUCUUCCACCAGACUGCAUGCUGCCUCUCAACAACCAAUUGCCAACAGCAGCACCCUUUCCCCGGAUUCACGUACAACUCCUAUGACAGUCUGACUUCUCUCCUCCUGGGGACAGCAUUGGUGGAGUAAGUACAGGGACCUUGGGGACUUCCAUGUCCAUGGGCAUGGGAACAGGUAUGGGCAUGGCAGGACUAAGCGCACGAACACCUAUGACAAGCGGCUCAGCAACUAUUUCACAUCAUAUGACCAAGAACCAAGCCCCACCCAGUCUGCUGGAGUUUGAGAAACAGCUCCCUGGAGGCCAUGACGGAUUCAGCACAUUGCAGUUUCACAGAACGUCUGCUGUUGCGGCUGCCAAGCAGCGUACAGACAGUCCUGGUCGUAUUCGUUAGCUGCACUCAGUGCAGAAGCUCUUGCAAAGUCCCAAUCACUGGGAGACACAACAGAAAGGAAAUGUUAAUGGACGUUCUACUGGCAGUGGUGGAGGCUCAUCUAGCACUGAGGAUGGAGGAAAGCAGAAUCGCAGAUCCAAAAGUAAGGAUCGGGGUACAAAAUCAGAGGCAACUGCCAAGCGACCACGCUCCAACAUGUCAGGAUACCGGAGUUCAGAUGAUUUGGACAGCAGCGAUUUGAGCAGCUACCAUAACACCAUGGCCAUGAUGAUGGGACGUCCAACUGGCCAUGACAGCCAGGGAGCGCCGACCAGAUACAUCCACAGUGGCAACAACACCAUCAGUUCCUCUAAAAGCAGCAAUGACAUAAGUAUCAGCAUUUACUGGGCCUGGGGGUGGAGGUGUGGUGGACUAGGUGGAACAGGAGGUUGCUGAUGAAUGGAUAAUGAGUAUAUGAAAGGAGGGUCUGUCACACUGACCAUGGGCCCAACCAAGACAGGUGAUCCAGAAGGCUCAGCUACUCUGGACAGCCGUCCAAUGCUCAAUCCAAGUCUUGCCAAACAGGAACUGACGUGCAACUACCUGCAGGUUGGGAAGAAGGGUGACUGGAGGCAGACACUUAGGGGCCGCAGUGGGGCGGCCAAUGAAAUCCCAUGCCGACGGAUGAGGAGUGGUAGCUAUGUGGAAGGCCAUGGGAGACAUCAUGGAAGACAGCGAGACUCUGAGGGAAGCCCAAACCCCUCACCAAAAACUGCUGCUCGCCGCCAGAGCUACCUCAGGGCUACCCAGCAGUCUCUGAAGCGACCAGCUACCCCACGCAACUGUCUUCCAUCUCUCAGAGAGCUCUCCAACAAUCGCAGCCUGGACAACCUGGACUGUAUCGGGGGUACAGGUCACUUUACCACCAUGGAUGAUGAUGACUUCAGCCAGGUCUGCAGUACUUUGGGCAGGGCGUAAUGUCAUGGGACAGGUCAGUGUUGCCUUGAGGACGGACAUACCGAUUUUAUCCUCUCCUCCCUGCAGCUACGAGACCUGGGGAGUCAUCACUACGAAGACCGCAGCUCAGAAUCUACAUUCAGAGGACCUCGCUCCCAUUCUCAGGACAUCCCAGAAGAUCAGACUCUGCCCAUGCCAACAUGCUCCGAUCCCGCAGGCCACAGCUACCUGAGAGCCAUCCAGGCUGGGCUGUUUCCCAAGACGACGACACAGCCGUCCUAUGGACUUUCAGGCUGCUCUCCACCUCCGACUGCAUCCCACUGUUUCGGCACUUACAGCACCAGCACUGUCUCUACAUGCAUAACCACCUGUAAGAAGACCGCUCCUCCACCAGUGCCACCCCGUACAACCUCCAAGCCCUACAUCUCUGUGACAGUACAGAGCAGCACAGAGUCGGCCCAGGACAACUACUUGGACCAGCAGGACAGGAGAUCAGAGGUCAACAGCCAGUCUAGCCACGCUCACAGCAACUCUUCUGACAGCCUUGACAGUACCCGUGCCAACAGCUUGGCCCGGGGUUUUUCCCGUCCUCCGCACAUCAUCCCCACUCCCAUCGCUACCCCUAGAGAGCCUAUCGCCACCGCCACCGCCAAUGCUUCCACUGAGACAAGUGACUCAGUAGUCCAGCAUGAAUCUGUGAAAUCAGGAUUAAAUAAAGGGAAUCUAGUGGCAGAGGAGCCCCUAGUAGCCCCAGUACCCAGGCGGAAACUGUCCUCCAUUGGCAUACAGGUUGACUGUAUUCAAGAAGUUCCACGAGAGGAGACCCCACCGCUGACCAAAUUUCAGUCUAUUGGAGUACAGGUGGAGGACGGGUGGCAGCUCAGUCGCUCCAGUAGCAUGGCUUCAAAACAAGAAACAGACUCAGACACACAAGACAUCCCUGUCAUAUCCUAUGUCAAUAAUGCCAAACCCUUUGAGAAGAAAGUCAUGGUGAAUAGUGCCAGCCAGUCCAUGAGCUCCCCUCCAGGACAAGACUCUUUAGACAACGGAGACCCCACUGGUGACACCUCGUCACCUCCUCCGCCCAGACAGAUCCUCAACCGCUCCACCACACGAAGCAGCUCCUCCUCUUUCUCAGAAAGUCUGGAUCCAGCGCUGGACCCCUCGUCUCUGCCACCUCCAGACCCCUGGCUGGACAGUGGGAAUGGGAGUAACAGCAGUGUCCCCCACAGCGGAGGAGGGGGAACACUGUGUCGGAGAGACGGCCACUGGUUCCUGAAGCUGCUGCAGGCCGAGACGGGACGCAUGGAAGGCUGGUGCCAGCAGAUGGAACAGGAAACCAAAGACAACCAGCUCUCAGAGGAAGUGCUGGGGAAAGUCCGCAGUGCAGUAGGAAGCGCUCAGCUCCUCAUGUCUCAGAAGUUCCAGCAGUUCCGCGGACUGUGUGAACAAAACUUGAAUGUGAAUGCCAACCCACGGCCCACAGCCCAGGACCUGGCUGGUUUUUGGGACCUGCUGCAGCUCUCCAUUGAGGACAUCAGCCUCAAGUUUGAUGAGCUCUACCAUCUCAAGUCCAAUGACUGGCAGCCCGUUCCAUCUGCGGCUGCCCAGUCGCCCCCUGAGCGGAAGCAGGAGGAGGAGAAAGUCGCCCCUCCAGCGUCAAAGAAGCCUGGUAAGGGACGACCAGUGCUGGGCCGUGAGAAGAGCGCUGACUCUUCUUCUACCUCUUCUUCGGCCUCGGCAGAGAAGCAGAGACAAGAAGCUCGCAAGCGGCUGCUGGCUGCUAAAAAGGCUGCAUCGUUUCGCCAGAACUCCGCCACAGAGAGCGCAGACAGCAUUGAAAUUUAUGUCCCUGAGGCCCAGACUCGCCUCUGAGAGAAACGAUGAGAGACAAGGAUGUAAAGGUCAGAUCAAAGGACAGAUAAGUGUCACUGAAACACCUGAAUGAAGGAGAGGAUUAUUUUUUUUGCAAUGCAAAUGAGCUAAUCUGAGUAAAGACGGAUAGAGUUGGGGGGGAAGGAGAGACUCCCAGAGAAUGGGGUUUCGGCUUUUUUUUUUUGACACAUUCAUACGAAUAAAGGCUGGUCCUGGUGGCAUCAAGUACUAUUUAAUGAAACAGAAACGCUGACUUUUUUCUUUUUGUGGACCCAACAGACUAUGAAGCAGGAGACUCCUCAUUUGAGGCUGCCAUUGAAAACCUCAGCUGAUGAACGUUGUCACUUCUUGUUACUAUUCUUGAUAUCAUAAAAAUUGUUAAUGAAGGCAUUGUUAUGAUGACAAUUAUAUCCUAAAGAAUCUAUAUGAAGACUGUUUUAAACAUUAUUGUAUCUUGGCUAUAAGAUCUAUUAAGUGGACAGAAGGCAAGCAUUUAUGCUUUUCUGUCUCUCAUCGUCCUGCUCUCUUCCCAGAUCAUUGGCCAUCUGUAGCGUUGCACAACACCACCUUGUGGCCAUCACACACACUACAAGCUCACCUAUGUAUGUCUUCCUCGUAUUUGUUUACUUUAUUCAUCCUUUGAUUUAUAUAAAAAUCCAUUUAGAUCAGGUUACUCUGAAUAUUUUUGGUAUGAUGAAACUGAAAGUCAGGUUUGAAGGGGUAUUUAUAUAGUUCCUAGCAAUUAACUCUGUGUGUGUGUCUUUCAGAAUGUUUGGUGUCAAAUGUUUUAAGCGCUGAUGAGAAUCUGUAAAGUGGAGUUUCUUAAAGGUUUGAAUGAAAGCACAUCUCAAUAUUAAGCAAGACCGAGCAUGAGGAUCUCUAAUUUCAGGAAUGAUAAUGACCACAAUGUUAUUUUCUUUGUUGGGGAAGUGUCUCUGAACUCCUUUAUUUUCUCUCCUCCAUUAACUUUUGGUUUUCAUGUUUGUUCUAUGACUGCAAACACGUAAAUAUGUCAGGAUUUUUGUUCCAUCUAUUUAGUAUUUCUUUAAGUGCUUUUAUGAGCCUCACUUAGCAUUCAACUCGUACAUCUCAAAUGAAUCUCGGGCUUUUAUCAAAGUCAUGCAGCAGGCUGAGUAUGCAGGUUCUUUGAUUUAUUUUGCUUCCCAUCACUCAACAAAAUCAAUCUGAGUUCUUUGUUACCGUCAUUGUUUCCCCCAUUGAGCAGCACAUAAAAUACCUGCACUUUUUUUUUUUUUUUUUACUAAAAGCAAAAUUUUCUAAUUAAAGCAUUACAUACUUUAGUCAUUGUGUUUUCAUCAUUUAUUCAAUCCUGCUUUGCUUUUUUUUUCCUUACUGAAGACUGCAUAAGCCAAAGAUGAAUUCACAGUUUCAAAUUCAUCUCAUGUAUUUAAAUUUCAGUAGCAGGGAACUCAACAGUCGACUGUGAAAACAGAUUAAGUGGACUGUAGCCACAGCAACAUAUGUAUUACAUAUUUAGCAUUUUGAUAUGCACAUGCCCGGGAGCUUAAGCAGAUCACCUCAACAACAGUGAGUAAUUGCUUUGGAGAGUUCAGAACCGGAACCCUCCUCCUGUCUGCUUAGAAACUUGCAUCUUGAAAAGUUUCAUUUCUGACCUCUGAAGGGCGACAGUGGUUAAUUAUCAAUCAGUUUGUUUAUACUGUAUGCAUACAAUGAAAAGGCAUUCAUUCUAGGAGAACAUCCAUCCCUGCUCUGUUUUUCAUUAUGGGGCCACGCUAUGUUAAUUGCUCAUAUUUAUUGAAGUCCAUUUUGCAAAACAAAUCUGAAGCGAGGCCUCUCGGUUGUACACGUAGACUCACUUUACACAAGAAGCACAUAUCCAACAGUAAAGGCAACGAUUCAGAUCAACCACUGCUGUUUGUCUUCCACUCAGAUUUAGUUUCCUCCAAAUGGUAAGCAAACAAUGCCAGACUUUCCUGAUUUAAUUAGUUAAGUUUAAUUGUUGCAAUGUCUCUCCACUGCUUUGGCUGCUGUAAUGCCAUUUCUCACCCACUCUGAUCCAAAAGUGCAGCCUCGGACUUUGAAUUGGAAAAGCCCAAUCGCCACCAUUCUUACUCUGAGUGGGCAAUAGCUUUCUCUUGAUGGCCGGCCAUUGUUUGCCUGUUGUGUUUGCCUGCUGGGGACGACUCUCAGCAAGGAAAAUGGCUCAAGGGUGUCAAUAGCCCAUUCCCCCCCUUUCAAUCUGACUGGGGUAGACUGCAUCGUUACCACCUGGAGACCUUUUGUCUGACUCAAACUGGGCAAUUGGCUUGGUUUAAUUAAUUUCUGACUCCCUGGAAAAAAAGUUGUCUGACAGGUUCUGUUCUGAAAUCAGCAUACCAGUUUGUCUCUUGUAAAGACUUAGUCAAUGCAUAUCAACAUCUAGAAUUUAAUUUCUUCCCCAUAUGCUUCCAUUGUCAUUGUUAAGAAUAUUUUAUUAUUUUGCACAAUUUCAUUUAUUGUCAUUUUCUUUUCUCCAUUUUCCAUAAAUAUUUUUCUCAGACUUAAAUCAUGUUGUCCAUGUUCCUCACACAAAACUAUAAGUCUAAGCCUGAUUUGAAUGCCGAUCAGAAACAAUGCAGCAUCUCAAAUGUGCUGAGGGAAGGAAAGCUGUUCUAUGGUCCAACCAUCACAAACUGAAAGUCAACACUUUCCCAGCCUGCUGACGCUUUGGAUGUGUAAAAUGCCAGGAGAUGGUAGUGACAUGCUUAAAGAGUCAGAAAAGACAGCUUGUCUCACAUUCAGACGAGGCUUUCCUCCAAUACACACGCAUAUUGUUGGGACACACCUAGGUCUAUUUCCUGGGUAGGGUUAUCCACGAUCACACAGCUGCACAGUAGGGGGGAGUGGGGCCAUGAACCCAUUGACUUUGGGGGUGAUAAUCGCUCCAAAUCCGAGUCUGAUGGUUUUCAGCUUUUAAAGUGUCGUACUGAAAGUGUGUGCUUGAACAGCAGUCUGUGUUUGCAUAAAGUUUACAUUUCAGAUUUGUUUUUUGGCACUUUUAUCCAGUUACACCCUUUCUAGUGCCUCCUGAAAAUAACUAUUUUUUUUGUCACACAUUAAUGUGAGAAAGCAGGAAGAGAAAUUUACAACACGGUAAUGGUCAAAAUUAUACCACGUGAUAGGUUGCAUCUUUCGUUUUUCACUUCUUUAGAAGUUGGUUCAAUUCUGUCGAAAGUUUACCUAACAUUGAAGAUUAUCAUGUAUAUUUGCCACUUUUAGGGGCAUUCCUGGGCUGAAAAAUAGGUUUGAUUUGUACUCUGGACAAGAGAGUAAGAGUUUACCUCAGCUGGGACACCAGUGAAUCUUCUCCCAUACAGUACUCUGAAGGCCUGCUUGCAAAAAAAAGAAAGGAAAAACAAGCUCAUUAGCAUCUCUGCUUUGUUGCACUCAGCAGUGCAUAAAACUAAGUAAGGGGUGAGGGGCAGGGGCUAUGCUCUUACCACAAGAGGUAUGAUGUAGCAAAAAGUGUCAGUACAAAUAUUAGAACAAAUAUUUUGUGAAACAAGCACAUAUUUUAAAGACUAGAGUCUCUUCAUUAUAAUACUCUAUAGGCUGUGUGUAUUUCAGGGUUUCCUGGGGUUUAGUUUAAAAAAAACAGGGUUGUGCUGUCUGAGACAAAGUUGUGAGUGAGUGUGCUGUUCAUAAAAUGAGAUUUACCUAGAAUCUUUGUCGCUAUACUCUGGUAACAUUUAAAUUAUAUGUGCAAUACUGAGUAAAAGGGUUCUUUGAUAUUAAGAUGAAACUAAUAAUCUUGCAUUUCUCCCCCUGUGCUUCUUAAAGUCGUCCUCUAAACCUGACUAAAAUCUCCAUCUUUUACAAUGCUGUAGACCUAUUUAUACUAUUUCAAGGUUGUUCAGAUGUAUACUGCAGAGACAUAACAUUCAAUAAAAUGCACACAAUACUUUCUCAAAAUGUU